AUGCAAGUCCCAUUGCCGCGCGAAGCGCACAUCCUGACGUCCGCCUGCAAUCCAUGCAUGGACCUCUUGGCCCUUGUCUCGCACGAUGAGGCCCCUGCCCCUGCAGCGAGUGGACCGCCUGGCCUGACGCCAGCGCAGAUCGCGAUGCGGCAGCGUAUGCUGGCCAUGCAAGCGCGUCGUAUGGGCGUCGCGAACCCUAUGGCGCCAGGCGCAGGACGUGAUGCUUCCUCGCUACGCCGUGGCUCUUCGCUACGGAUGGUCGUAUGGCGUAUGAGCGACACACCCAGCCGCGUAUGGGACGUCGUCUUGGAGCCUGUGCCUACGGCGUCGUCCGACGAACGUCGUAGCGGAUGGGAAUCGAUGUCCGUGCUGAGCUUAGUAUGGAGUCCUGAUGGUGAACGACUCGCUGUUCGUUUGGGCGUGUCACAGACGUGGGACACGACCACGACACAUACGCAUGUCCUUCGUGUGUUUUCUGUGUACGAUGGGACCCUGCUGUAUACCCAUACAUCGCCUACAACGACGUCGCCAUGGCAUGCCACUCUGUACUGGGUCCCUGUCCCUGAACCAACUGUGCCAUCACAAGCGGCUUCCAUGCUGAGGCAUUUGCAACCGCUCGAUGCGCCGACCGAUCUCAGUGACGACAAGCCUGGGUGGGUCGGCUCUGUCCACGCCCGCUCGCGGCCUACAGCGCCACCGCCCAGUGCCAACGUACCCAAAGGCACCGGUGUCCUAGCACAGCUUCCGUCCUUGGCGUCCGGCACGUCGCAUGCGUCCCUCCUGCUCUGUGCUGAUGCAGGCGGGCAGCUCUCGUUCUGGCUCGAUGGCACUGUCCCGAUCGGCCCUGUAUCGCUGCCCACCAACGCUGAGAUUCUAUCGAUCGUAUCUGACUGUCAUACCGCCUCGGUGCUACUUCAAGACGAGCAGACCUGGCAGAGUGCGCACAUCCCCCUUCCUCUCUCGACGCCGCUGUGGCACAUCGCGAAGCUCAGUACGGACCUGCGUACCUACCUGACGCACAUCCUUGAUGCUACGUUUUAUGCAGCGCGAGCAUGGAUCUCCAUGGUGCGGCCACGCGCUGUCGAAUGGCAGGCUCACUGGGACGAUCUCGCCAAGCGGCAUGGCGUGGAUAUCGUGCUGGAAUGGAUGGCGCUCAUUAUGACAGGGCGGGCGUCGCCAGCGUGCGAACAGCUCCUUGCCCAGCUGACGGAAGGCACGACACUGGCCAUGGAGACCGAUGCUAAGCGUGGACUUAAGCAUAUUCGCCGCCUCAUGGCGACGCAUGUCGUCCCGGCCUGCGAGCGUCUCUUGAUAUUGCUGACCGAGCUGCAGGGGUGUGCCCAGUGGCGGGCCUCGUACCCCAUGGCAGCACUGGACGAUGUAGUACCACUGCUGCGUCAGACACAAACAUGCCAUGCUGUGGCCAUGGCCCUGCAAGAAGACGUCGAGCGCGAAUGGCUGGCUUUGGAUGAGUACUACCAGUGGUGGCGUAUGGAGCAGGAUCGGCAGGAGCGCAGGAAACUAGGUGAGGACGUACCGCGUGUGCUCACAUACCAUGAUACCCUGACUGUGCUAGAGUAUGUCCAGCGCGGCUUCCUUUCGCCGAGCCUGGAUGCUAUGCUCGGCGCGCCCACCACUCCAGCGCAUGCGCCUGACGCAGAUACCUCGGACGAUAGCCAUGCGCUCACAGCGCCUCUCUGGACGACGCCCGCCGUGGUGUACGAGACAGCGGCACCGUCCAAGCCGCCCACCAAGGUGGCCUCCGCCUUGGCCUCGGCCCUGGCCUGGGUCGACCAAGCGCCGAGGGCCCCUGCCACGGCCACCACAGCGCAAUGGCAGGGGGUCUUCCAUGUACCUACACUGUUUGCCGGGCCCGCGCAUACCUAUGCGCCUCGGACACUCCCUGGCGAUGCCCAGACGCUCGUGACACGGGCCGAAAAGCUGUGUACCGAUACUGCGCGUGUGCUUGUGUCGGCCCUUCAUCAGGCAGGGUCCCCUGCUCCGACCCUCCACACGGCCUGGGAGCGCCCCACGUCUGUGCUGUGCCGCGACGAAGCGGUACGCUCUGUGCCUGCCGAGGCACCUGCGACGAUCCCGACACACGUCCCUCGGCCUGUCGUCCGAGCCGUAGUGCACCAUGAGCAGCACGUGCAUACCUAUGCUACGCACGAUACCCUGGUGACGCUGUCCCUUCCUCCGUUGACGACAGCCUCCGCGGACGUCCCGCGCGAGACACAUCCUGCGCACGGCGAGGUGCUGGAUUUCGCGGUGACGCCCCAUGAUCUGCACGUCCUGUCCACCACCUCCCACUCCACGCAACUACGCUCUGUCGCGUGGUCACACACCGAUACCAAAGGACCGCCCGCCAAGCCGGUGGACCUGCAGGAUGGCACGCUCUUGGCCGUAUUCCAGCAUGGCCUGCGCGUCGUAGCCCACCGCGAUCGGCGAGCCCUCACAGUCCUGUAG